UUGGCUCCGAAAGGGAUUGCAUUUCACAAAUCAUCAUCAAGAUGACGACGAGAAAAAUAUGAAACGCCACAGGACGGAAAAUACCGGCGUUUUGACCUCAUAUAAACUAUGAAUAGAUUUAGCACAGGGCAAUCUGUUGUUUGAGAACACCACCUGGCAGGAGUGAUUGGAACUGCAGGCAGCUGACAGGGAAGAUGGCUGUAUACCUGAAGUUUCCUGCCUUCAUUAGAAGAUGGCAUCAGCGUGUGAAGAGGAAAGUGCAGGAGUACAGGUACAUCCUGGUCCUCACCUUCCAGUCUCUGUUCUGUAACGCCUUCCUGUCACCUUGGGUCAUGUGGGACACACUCAUGGAACCUCUGCUGUGGUUCGUGGAAAAAGUCGUCAAGGCGUUCGGCCCGGUGUUUGUAUUCGUGGUAGUCUCCCUGAUCCUGAGCGUGAUCGGUGUGGCCUGGCUGGUGUUCUUCCCCAUCAUGCGUGACCGUAGCUACGUGACCUUGACCUAUCACCUCAUCUUCGGCAACUGGCUGGCGGUCAACGUUCUCUUCCACUACUUCAAGGCCCUUCUGACCUCUCCGGGAAAGCCCCCUUCUGGUGACAGGUUGAACACAGAAGUGACCACCGUGUGUAAGAAGUGCAUCUCCCCCAAACCUCCCCGCACACACCACUGCAGCGUAUGUAAAUGCUGUGUCCUCAAGAUGGAUCACCACUGUCCAUGGCUGAACAACUGUGUGGGGCAUUACAACCAUCGCUACUUCUUCCUCUUCUGUGUCUACAUCUUUGUGGGGUGUUGCUACGUCUGCUACAGCACAUACGACGUCUUCUUGGACCACUUCCACAACUCCGAGAAAUAUCUUUUCAGUGGCAAGUUUUCUCUGCUGUCACCACUGGAUACUAUCCAGGCUGCCGCACUCCAGUUACGUCAGCCGCAGGGCCAGGACACCGCGGUACCUGAGCUUGCCUUCCCAGCUAACCAGACACUCGUGCAGGAGCCGGUCACCAUGUGGGAGAAGGCUCAGCACAACCUCAUUAUCUACCUCUUCUUCCUGUGCAGUGGUGCAGGUGCGGCUGUGGGGGGUCUAUCAGUGUGGCAUGCCAGGCUCAUCACACAGGGACAGACCAGUAUAGAGGUCCACAUCAACAAGAAGGAAAACAAAAGGGCUCAGAAGAAGGGUCAGGUGUUCAGAAACCCUUACGACUACGGCCCCAGGAAAAACUGGAAACUGUUUCUUGGCCUAACAAAUGGAAGGUCAUGGAGGCACAUUUUAUUCCCGUCUUCACACCCCCCAAUGGGAGAUGGUCUCACCUGGCACAAUCCACAAGACUAUGGCAGAAGGGUGCUACCAAUCUGAGAACGGGGGGACAAGGCUCUGUGGAUAUUGUAAGAAGUUCAGAAAACGGGAGGGAACUUUUUAAUAAGAAGAGAUCUGGCUAAAGGCAUCUGUAUGUAAUACUAUGUAUCUGCCUGUAUAUUUAGAAAAUGUGUGCAAAAAUUGUCAUUUGAUUCUAUGAUAAUAAUUCAUGGUACAUAAGCACUAUUUUUGCAAUUGUCUGAAUCACAUAUAAAAAUUAAUGUAUAAUUUAUUGAUCCGUAAAAAUUGCUGCACAUGGAUAUUAAACAAAAAAGUUGUGAUUAAUAGAUGUAGACAUUAGUACUUUUUUUUACUUUUUUUUUACAUUUUUGUAUGCAAUAUGACAAGUAUAUGUUUUAAAGGCCAGUUUACAUCAGUGUUAGCUUAUAGAGAAUCUGUAUCAUGGCCCUUUCAUUUUCCAUCAAAAUGCACUUUGACCCUUUUGUUUUUAUAGUUUUGUUAUAGCCACCAUUGGAAAAAAAAUUGUGCUGGUGUCAUUGUCUUCAAUGAGAAUGAUGGUUAAAUCCAGGAUAUAUAAUUUUUCAGAAAGAAAUUUGAUAGGUUGAUACUUGUGAAAAACAUCAAAACUACAAUCUGGCUGAAACACACAUUGAUGAA